CAACAAUGGGUGUGGCUAUGUAUAUAUAUACGUAUAUAUUUUAAACAUAUUUAAUUAACUUCAUUCAGAAAAUUCUAAGUCAUUUUUAGGUUGUUUUCCAUAAAGACAAAUAAUUCCAUUAAUUAGCAAAAAUGCAAAAAAACCGGCUAAUUUGAGUCGGCUACCGUCUGCAGCUAAACGGAUACCACCGGUCGCCUGGAGCAAUAAAUGAACGUCAAUCCCACGGUUACGUCAGUGAGGCAGAACCUGGGCAGAACAGAAGGUACUACUGUGGCAUAAUGUAGUUCACCUCCUUGGUAAUGAGACAUCGAUAGCAGCGCAUGUUUUUCCACAAGGUGAAUGUCUUUUUAUUUUAUGCAAGAAGUUUGCGCAGAAUAGUAAAGUUUAUGAUAUCGUUUUUUUUAAACACUGUCCCGCAGGAUUGAACUUUUCAGAAGUGUAUUUUCUCUCCUUCGUUUUUUCCGAUUUAUGGAUGGAAUUUAUUGACAACAGACAAUAAUCCUGCGUGCUUCUUUUAUUCAUGUGUGUGUGCUGGUGACCGGUUACCAUGGAGAAGCAGGCGGUGCAGAGGGCCAGAGAGGCUUUCCUCGCUGGGAGGUCGCGACCCCUGGAGUUCAGAGUUCAGCAGCUCAAGUCUCUCCAGAGGAUGAUCACAGACAGACAGGGAGAGAUCGCCACCGCCCUCAAACAGGACAUCAACAGGAGCCAGUACGACACCCCACUGUUUGAGUUGAUUGGCCUGGAGAAUGAGAUCAGCCUGGCUGUGUCGAAGCUGGCCCAGUGGGCUGCUCCUCGGCCUGUAGAGAGGAACCUCCUCACCAUCUCAGACCAGGCGUACAUCCAGUCGGAGCCCCUGGGAGUGGUCCUCAUUAUCGGGGCCUGGAACUACCCCUGGGCCCUAACCCUGCAGCCCCUGGUCGGGGCUAUCGCUGCAGGCAAUGCAGCUGUGGUGAAGCCGUCUGAGCUGAGUGAAUACUCAGCUAGUCUCCUCAAAGCUCUGCUCCCACGAUAUCUGGACCAGGAGCUGUACCCUGUGGUGUGUGGGGGCGUGUCAGAGACUCAGGAGUUGCUGCGUCAGCGUUUCGACCACGUCUUCUACACAGGGAACAGCACUGUGGGUAAACUGGUGAUGGAGGCCGCAGCCCGACACCUCACCCCCGUGACCCUGGAGCUAGGGGGGAAGAGCCCCUGUUAUAUCGAUAAGGACGUCGACCUCAGAGUCGCAUGCCGGCGUAUCACUUGGGGGAAGUUUGUGAACUGUGGUCAGACGUGCAUCGCCCCAGACUACAUCCUGUGUGAACCCAGCAUCCAGAACAGAGUGGUGGAGGGUAUCCGGCAGACACUACUGGAGUUUUAUGGGCCUGACCCCAAAUCCUCCCCUGACUACGGCCGCAUCAUCAACCAGCGCCACUUCAACCGCUUGAUGACUCUACUGGAGGGCUACACGGCGACAGUAGGGGGCCAGAGUGACUCAUCACAGCGCUACAUUGCCCCCACGGUUGUGAAGGACGUGCCCCCCCAGGCUAGGCUGAUGCAGGAGGAGAUCUUCGGGCCCCUGUUGCCCAUAGUGACCGUCAGCGACAUAGAUGACGCCAUCCACUUCAUCAACGAGAGAGAGAAGCCCCUGGCGCUCUACGUCUUCUCCUCCAACAAGAAGGUGAUAAAGCGAAUGCUGGCUGAGACUACCAGUGGCGGGGUGACAGUCAACGACGUUAUUAUGCACUACACCCUCAACUCUCUGCCCUUUGGGGGUGUAGGUCAGAGUGGAACAGGAAGGUAUCAUGGGAAGCACACCUUUGACCAAUUCAGCCAUCAUCGGGCGUGUCUGGUCAAGUCCCUGGGUAUGGAGGAGGUCAACAUGGUGCGGUACCCACCCCAGAACCGCCAGAAGGCUCGCAGGGUCAGGCUGGCCAUGAGGACCCCACUGGUCGACUUCUCUAGGAAAACCUACAUCUGGGCCGUGACGGCCACCAUCUUUGCUUUCGGUCUCUUGGUCACCUUGACUGCCAUCCUGCUAAUUGCUGGUGGCUUGAACUGCACCUGUUGGAGACUUUGGCAAAUCUGGCGCUAGCUAGUCUUAACCUGUAUUGGCCGACGUACAUUCAACGAAAGACAUGUCCCUGUGCCUGUGUCUGGUUCCCCUGCCUUCAGAAUAAUGUCUAAUGUCUUUUGUGUGUCCGACACUGUAACUAAACUCACAACCCUGGUGGUGUAAGCCCCUCCUGACUGUUUGCCAUCACCGAUCCUCUGUAAUGACGACGAGCCACUGAUUUUGGCGGGCUGCUGUUUGCUUGCUAGAUGUGUUUUUUUUUCUGAUCUUCCGUUUUAAAUCUAUAAUUUCAUUCAAAUCUAACAGCCAAUCUAUGAUUUAUCUUUGUUUGUUUAAAGAUUGUCAAAGAACCUGAAAAUUUUGAUCUGUCUUUUAUUGGAAAGGGGGUGCCUAGUCAGUUGCACAACUGAAUCAACCAAAAUGUGUCUUCUGCAUUUAACCCCCAACCCCUCUGAAUCAGAGAACCACCUGACUGCUUCCACAUAUAUGCUAACAAUAACAGAAAAGGUUUGCUGGAAUGGAAAGCCGUAUACAGUAGCCAACAUAGGGAAUCCUUGAAUUUGGACCAUGGUUGAAAAAUUCCAGCAACUUUCCCAAAUGUUCCAGGUUUGCCCGAAAUCCUGGUUGGAAGAUUCCUGGAUUUCCUCUUUAGUCCCUCCUGAUUCCGGGAAUCUUCCAACAGGGAUUUCCGGUAAACCUGGGAAACUUGAACAUCAUAACGUCUAACAUAUCUAACCCCAU